AUGGUUACUGCCUCUGCUACUGCUUCUGCUACUGCUUCUGCUUCUGCUUCUGCUUCUUCUUCAGCAGCACCAAUAUUAAUGGGGUGGGAUGGUGAUGAAAAGCCACAUGUUUUGGCUGUUGAUGAUAGUUUUGUGGACCGCAGAAUCAUUGAAAAGUUACUCACCAACUCUGCAUGCAAAGUGACCACCGCAGAGAACGCACAUGGAGCAUUGGAGCUGUUGGGUCUGGCAGACGGCCAACAAAACUUCGGCAACACCGUUUCAAAGGUAAACCUGAUAAUCACUGAUUACAGUAUGCCAGGAAUGACAGGGUAUGAGCUUCUAAAAAAGAUUAAGGAAUCACCAACCGGGAAGGAGAUCCCAGUAGUUGUUGUAUCAUCUGAGCACAUACCUACUCGAAUUGAGAAGUGCCUCGAGGAAGGAGCGAAAGAGUUCUUGCUGAAGCCUCUCCGGCAAUCAGACGUUAAUCAACUCAGAUGUCAUUUGAUGAAGUUGGGAAACCCUAGUGAUGAAGGGAUGGUUUGCAUGGGAAGAUAAUCUCCACUAUAAAAGACAAGGAUUUAUACAAGAAAAGAAUCACAAAGGCUAACAGCAAUAUAGCUAUCGAUACUUAAAACCUGUUUGAUGCA